AGAUUGUAGAACGUAAACUUUGGCAUACACACCUUUGCGUCCUAAUCAAUCUAUCUUGGCUUCCGUAUUCACCUUUUCACCCGCCGUAAAAAUAUGGACCUGCGAGAAUCACUGCGGAAGCAAAACGAGAUCGUUCUGAGUUUGUUUAAGCACGUGAUCGCCACCACCACCGCCGGAAAACCCUCUAACCGACUCUUUUCCCCGGCGUUAAUGAAUGUCAUCCUCAGCUUCAUCGCCGCCAAGUCUCCCGGAGACAUCGAAGAAAAGAUUCUCUCUUUACUACAGGCUUCUUCGACCGACGAGCUUAACACCGUCUCCUCCAAGAUCGUAACCACCGUCCUCGCCGACAGUACACCAAGUGGCGGUCCGACGAUCGCGGCAGCCAACGGCGUCUGGAGCGAAAAAUCUGUCCCUGUCGAUCCUUCUUUCAAGGAUAUUAUAGAGAACUCGUAUAAGGCUGCUUUUAACCUAGUUGACUUUCGCAACAAGGUUCAUGAAGUGGUUGAAGAAGUGAACUCAUGGGUUGAGAAGGAGACAAAAGGACUCAUCACUGAUCUCAUCCCCAAAAACUUUGCUUCUCCUGCGACCGAUCUCAUAUUCGCUAAUGCAUUGUUCUUCAACGGAAGAUGGGAUCAAGAAUUCGAUCCAUCUCUUACAAAAGAUUCAGACUUUCACCGUCUCGAUGGAACUACAGUAGGCGUUCCCUUCAUGUCCGGCUGCUCUUUAGGAUACGAUCUCGUAGUUUACGAUGGUUUCAAAGUCCUUAACCUACCUUAUAGGGGAGGACGUGGUGACUACUACCGUCGCCGUUUCUCUAUGCAAAUAUAUCUGCCUGAUGAAAAAGAUGGGUUGCAUGCAAUGCUGGAGAGGUUAGCUUCUUCUCGUGGAUUCUUGAGUGGCGAAGGAGAUAUUCCUGGACACUCUGCAUAUAUCGGAGAACUCAAGGUUCCGAGGUUUAAAUUCGAGUUUGGUUUUGAAGCCACGGAAGCUCUCGAGGGUUUGGGUUUGGAGCUGCCGGGGGAUGUGAUCAUCCACAAGUCUUGCAUUGAGGUAGAUGAAGUGGGAUCGAAAGCUGCAGCGGCUGCUGCUGAGAUCAGUAUUGGUUUUUGUAUGCCUCCGAAAGAGAAGUAUGACUUCGUGGCUGAUCACCCGUUUCUCUUCCUUGUCAAAGAAGACUUCAGCGGACUGGUCCUGUUCCUUGGUCAAGUUACUGAUCCUUCAAUGCAUUAAUAUGUGUCCAAAGCAUUUCAGAUUUGCAUGUUUCUUUGAAAUGGUUUUGGUGGAUGGUUUUUGAAACUAAUAAAUUCACUUAGUUCUCUGGCUUUUUUGUUUUUAUCUUUUUAAGAUUUUUUUUUUCUGAAAGUGUUAGAUUAAUACAA